UCAUGAGCUUUAAGUCUGAGAACUGAUGAGGAAAGUGUGUGUGUUUGUGAGGUGAGGUGUGUGAGGACGUCACGCCUCCGCUCAGGAUGAAGAGCGACUGCAGUGAGUUUACAGCAGUUUUCCUGCGUGAGCUGGACUGAGAAGCAGAGAUCUGUCCUUGUUCUCCAAACUUCACCAUGAGACUCAGAGACGGCUGUCUUCUGUUCGCAGUCCUGCUGCUCCUCACACACACCUCACAGCAGCAGACCACUACCAGAAAGAAACCCAGCACUAAAAAAGACUCAGACGCUCGAGCCAGCGCUGCUUUGGAGGACCUUCAGCAGCAGAUCAAUGAGAUUGUGGAGGAACUGAAUCAUCUAAAGGAGCAGCAGGCUCUGCAGACGGUCUGUCUGAGAGGCAUGAAGAUCCCCGGCAAGUGUUUUCUGGUGGACCCCCUGAAGAAGCGCUACCACACGGCCAACGAAGACUGCAUCGCCAAGGGAGGAAUCCUCAGCACUCCGCUAUCUUCGGACGAAAACACGCAACUCUACGAUUACGUGCGCCAGAGCAUCGGACCAGACGCUGAAAUCUGGCUGGGCAUAAACGACAUGCAAACUGAGGGCGUGUGGAAGGACCAGACCGGCUCAAACAUCCGCUACAAGAACUGGAAGCUCCCGCAGCCUGACGGCGGCAGCGCGGAGAACUGCGCCGUGCUCUCCGGAGGAAAGUGGCUGGACGAGGGCUGUCGCGAGGAGAGAGCGUCCGUCUGCGAGUUCAACAUCGUCUGAGAUCAUCCAGUGCGGCGGUUCUCUUGACCUUAGCUGUCCUUUCCAUUGCACAAUCCUGCUUGCAUUGUUUGCGCUCCAUAAUUGUAUAUUUUUCUCUUGAGGAGAGCAAAGAUUGUCAUUUUACUCCAUAAAAAUGUUCAGAUGCAAAAGCUGAUCUAUAAUCAAAGAUUAUGACACUGUAAUAAAGGACACUUCUUGUUCAUUUUUGGACAGUCUCCAUUAAGAUCUAGCCAACAAAAACACACAGAAAACAAACAUUAUUGAAUCCUAAAUUAGAUGUAAUGGUCUUUUAGUAAGAAGUCCAGCCACCUGAUAAAAUCCAGUAGAACGAUGAUUAUUUCAGAUAGCUAGCUUUGUUACUUGUUUAUUUUAUAACAAACUAAUGUCUAGCCUGAUAUAACCUGAACAUAUUUUAUCUCAAUAAAAUGUUUAUCAAAAA